UCGCGCAAGAUUACUAACUACUUCCGAGUGAACAUUCAGUUCGAACUAGUGGUAUCGAAGAAGCGGGUGGACGGUUCUAGGACGUUGAUUCCGAGUUUUCAAGUUAAAAAUGCCGUAUGCGAACCAGCCCACGGUGAAAAUUACGGAACUGACAGACGAAAAUGUUAAGUUCGUUAUUGAAAACACGGAUUUGGCGGUGGCAAAUUCUAUCCGCCGUGUUUUUAUGUCAGAAGUUCCCACAAUAGCAAUUGAUUGGAUCCAGAUCGAUGCCAAUUCAUCAGUACUACAUGAUGAGUUCAUAGCACACAGAGUUGGCCUCAUACCUCUCACCAGUGAUGACAUUGUAGACAAACUACAAUAUUCCAGGGACUGCACCUGUGAUGAUUUCUGUCCCGAGUGUUCUGUUGAAUUAACCCUGGAUGUUCGGUGUACUGAAGAUCAGACACGUCACGUAACCUCGCGUGACCUUUUGUCCAACAACCCCAGAGUCAUCCCUGUGACGUCCAGGAGUCGAGACAAUGAUCCAAAUGACUAUGUCGAACAAGAUGACAUUUUGUUGGUGAAGCUGCGCAAAGGUCAGGAGCUCCGACUCAGGGCGUACGCCAAGAAAGGCUUUGGUAAAGAGCACGCUAAGUGGAAUCCAACAGCGGGCGUAUCCUUUGAAUAUGACCCAGACAACGCACUCAGACACACGGUCUACCCACGGCCUGAAGAAUGGCCAAAAAGUGAAUAUUCUGAGAUUGAAGAGGAUGAGGUCCAGGCUCCCUAUGACCCCAAUGGAAAACCAGAAAGGUUCUUUUACAACGUGGAGUCUUGUGGGUCUCUGCGACCAGAGACCAUCGUCAUGUCUGCGCUAGCCAUCCUGAAAAGGAAACUGAGUGACCUUCAGACCCAGCUAAGCCACGAGAUCCAGAAUGAUGUGCUCACCAUCAACUGAGGAUGUCGCCAUGUUGCAGUGAAUGUUGUUAAAUCAAUGUUUUUGUUAUGUUUGUGUUACCCUUAAAUACAUUUUUGAAGUUUAGGAAGAUGUUGUCUUUCUUGAUUGUUCAGUGGUCCGGUAGACUCGGUAGACGGAUUCGUGUAUUAUUUGGCACCAAGCCACAGUAAAAGAUUAAUUUCUUAAUACAUUUUCAGACUCCGAUACUAACAGAAUAUUAUCUAAAAGAUGUUUGAUUUUGAAAAGCUCCUUAAACACAAUAAAUUAAAGAAUAAAGCUAUAAAUAGGAAAGACAAUUUAAUUCAUCCUCACCGGUGUUGAGCAGUCGUGAUUCUGGAAUGUUCGCUCCGCUUUCUCACAAAUACUGUAGCCGACCAACUGCUUUUCGUUGAUCCAAAUCGGUGUCAACUUUUCCACUUCUUCUACUGUCUGAGAUCUUUUCUUGGUGAUCACAGUCACUCCUUUGACCUUAGCAUCUUUUAUUGCCUUCUUCAUAAUGAUGCUACAAAUCCACCACUUUGUUAAACCAAACUGUAAAGACAGAUCUGAAACACCAGCUCCAUUUUCAUGGUUUCGUACAAUCUUUCUUCACUUCUAUUGUUGUUCUCACUGUUUUAUUUUCCCACGGUGAUUUAUGAAAAAAAAAUAAUAGAAGAAAUAGCACAGCGCAACAAAUACCAGAAAAACCAGACAACAGUUCUAAGUGUGUAUAUCCCAAGCGCGGGCCAGUUUUAUUUUCUUCUUUAAAGGAAGGAAAGUGAACUACUUGUCAUUGUGACACAGCACACCACCAAAUGUGACCUCUGCUUUUAACCCAUCACCAAAGUGAACAGUGGGCAGCUUUAAGCGC